AUGGUGAAGCGAAUCGAGAAUAACAAAGCUCGAAAGUUGACUUACAAGCGAAGAAUGGCCGGAAUCAAGAAGAAGGCGAUGGAGCUCUCCACACUCUGCGGGAUCCAAGCGUCCAUGGUCUGCUUCGGCCCCGCCGGCGAGAUUGACACCUGGCCGGAAAAUCCAGCCGACGUCAAGACCGUCAUCGACAUGUAUCAACGUCGCAUUGAUGAACCUAAGCUGGACGACCGUUUGGAAGCCCAGAAAAUCAAGGAGGCUGAGGAGGAAAUUUCUAGGGCAAGGAUAGAAAAUCUGGAGAAAAUUAUGAAGCUGAUGAGAGCCAUUCUGGAUGUCUUCACGCAGAGAGCAGAAUUGCUGAAGGAGACUGACGGAGGAAGAGAGAAAAUCCCGUUGAGAAUUGAGGGGUUGGUUGAGAUACUCGAUCAAAUUAAGGUUGAUUCCAUUGACAAGCUCGAUUCCUACUUUGAAGAAGCCAUUGCAAGUAUGAAAAAGUUCUGUGAAGCCGUCGGUAAUUACUAUAACGAGAUGAUACCAAGUAGCUCAUCGCAAUCUGUGGAUUAA